AUGGCGCUGGAGUACUUCAGGUACGAGGAUCUGGUGCGCGACGACGAGGCAGGCGACCUCCACGCCGUGGCGGAGAGGGCGUUCGGACACCAAGGGUUGGGGAUCGUGGUCGUCACCGGCGUCCCCGACGUCGCGGGGGCCCGCCGGGAGCUCUUCGCCUUGGGGCACAAACCAUUGACCUCGCAUCCCUACAAAGCCGGGACGGAGCACGCCGGGUUCUCACCGGACCAGAAAAGGUUUGCGGCCCUUCCGGAGGAGACGAAGGUGCGGUACGAGCACCCCCAGAGCAGUUUCAGCUUCGGGUGGUCGCACGGCAAGGAGAGCCUGGAAACAGGCCGGCCCGACCUCGCCAAGGGGUCCUUCUACGCGAACCCCUGCUUCGACGCACCGUUCGGAGGCGACGGAGGCGGUAGCGGUAGCGGUAGAAGCGGCGGCGGCGGCGCCGCCGCCGCCGCCGCCGCAGGUAGCGGCGAAGACGACGACGUGGACUGUCGUAGCCCAGAUCAUCUUCUCCACCGCCCUGAGAAUGGCAAUGAUGGCGGUGGAAAUGACGCCGGCGAAGAAGGCGGCCGCGGUGGUGGUGGUGGUGGCGGUAGUGAUAGUGGCCCGAAGGCGGCAGCGGCGGCGACGGCGGCGUUGGUGGAGAAGUACCCUUCCUUCGCGCACCCGAACGUCUGGCCCGACGCGGAUGUAGCCGGGUUUUCCGCGGCCUUCAAGGCUCUCGGGCGGGCGGUCGUGCGGGUCGGGGGACUUGUGGCACGGCAGUGCGAUCGGUACGUCGCCACGGUGCAUCCCGGCUACGAUAAGGGCAAGAUGUCGCGCAUCGUUUCCACCUCGCGCUGCCCCAAGGGUCGCCUCCUGUACUACUUCCCCCGCAGCUCGCCGCCCGAGAGGCCGAGCGGCGGGGUCGGCGGCGGCGGUGACGGAGGGAAGCAUGAGGCAGUAGGGGUAGCAGGAGGGGUGACGAGCGGCGGCGGCGGUGGUGGUGGUGAUGGUGAUGACAUGGGUGGUAGCGGAGAGGGUGAUGAUCGGGCCUUCUCCGACUGGUGCGGCUGGCACAACGACCACAGCGCACUCACAGGUCUGGUCCCGGCAAUGUUCCUCGACAGCGAGGGCAGAGAGGUCGCCAACGAGGACCCUCGGUGCGGCCUUUACAUACGCUCCCGACGGAAGGGCGAGCUCGUGAAGGCCACGUUACCCCCUGGGGAAGCAGCGUCGUCCUGUCUGCUUUUCCAGAUCGGCGAGACGACCCAGGUGCUCUCCGGCGGCGCGCUUCAGGCCACGCCCCACGCCGUUCGAUCGACGUCUCAGGAAGGUGUGAGCCGCGAAGCGUUCGCGGUGUUUAUGCAGCCGGAAUGGGGAGAGAGCAUGGACGUGCCAAGAGGCACGGAGUUCGAGUCUGUGCGGUCUCUUCACUCGAAGAGCCUGCUCCCGCGAGCGGCGGCGCCCAUCACCGACAGACUGCGCCCUGGGAUGGACUUCGGGGAAUUCACGGAAGCCACCUUCGCCGCCUACUACUGA